CCACACACACACAGACGUCCCCACACCUGGCCUCCAACGCCCGGGCUCCCCUCAGAGGGGAGUGGGCAGACUCACACACAGCCACAAACGCAACACCCUCACCACUCCCCGAAAGACACCUCUUCACGCCCACACAUGGACACAACUGCCCUCACACAGGUGCACACACAACCACCAGCACGCACACGUGCCCACCAUCGCACGCGCACGCCCACCAGCAGAGCCUCGCGGAGCCUGCGCAGCACACCACUCCCUGCUCCUCCCGCGGCUGCCCUACCAACUGCCCCCAGAGGCUCUGCAAGGGACACAGUGGGGACAUGGAAGGGCGAGGGUGGGAUGUGGUUGUCUUUUCCCCCAGAAGGGCAGGUGCAUGUGUCUGUCUCUGUGCGGGUCCGUGUGUCCCUGUGUGGCCCGUGUGUGCAGAGCUGUGCAGACACAUGCACCACGAGGGUGUCUCCGAGUGUGUGCUUUGAGCAGGCCACAUGCAUGUGUCCUGCUGUGCACAAGGCAGGGACCAGGACAGAGGGGAAUGAUGUGUCCUACAGGCCAGGGUGUCCAACUGCGCAGGAGUGUUGUGUGUCUGAGGCUGCGAGCGGGUGCAGGGGGUGGCCAUAACCCCAGUGUGACCCUGGGUGUUGUGUGUGGGUCUGUGUGUCGUGGGACUGGUCCUUCACCCCUUCCCAAACAGCCCCACGCCAUGGGAUGGGGGUUUCAAGAAAAAAGCAGAGAGAGCAGCUUGGCCUCGGGGUUUUUAUAUUUAGAAAAUUGUCUCAAAUGCCCCUGGGGUGGUGGGGGUGGCGUCUGGCGGGGAUUCCCCUGGAGGCGAGAAAACAAGUCCCCGUGCUCGCCCUGGCAAGAGCAGGGGGCAGGGCUGGGGGCGGGCCCGGGUGCCCGUGGGUCUCCCCAGCAUAGAGGGAUCUCCUUGGCCACCCCCCAGGCCCGACGCACGCUCCUGCAACCAUCCGCCCCCUCGGGACUUCCACUGUGCGGAUGGAGGGGAGACACCCUCGCCGCCCCGCCCCCCUGGGGCAGGCCCCGCGCAAGCGCAGCCCCUGGCGAGGACGUCGGCGCGCCAAGUGAUCGCGUCCCGGCGCCACCUCGUGCCCGAAUCUCAAGCCUGGACCACCUCCAGCUGUGCGGAUGGGGGACCCCAAAGAUAGGGGAAAUGGAGGGGUCGGGGGAUGAGACCAAGGGACAGCGCUUUGCGAAGGCAGAGGAAGCGCCCCCCAGCUCCAGCCAGCAGCCGGGGUUACAGGAAAAGAAGGAACUGGGGGAGGAGGCGGGGGAGGGAGGAGGGAUGUAGACCCAUCCCCAGGGACACAACCCUAGAGUCACACGCACACGGUGACACCCAACUGUCCCCCGAGACACGGCCACACGCCACAGUGUCCCACUCGCUGGCAACCCCCCAACAGCCACACACUCACACGGGGACGUCCCACGGUCACCCAGGGACACACGGCCCUGGGGACCCACAACACGGCCACACAGUUUCACAACACCGCCCCGCAGGGACGCACGGCACAGUCGCCCAAUCACCCAGAGACACACAACACUGCCGCACGGCCACACAAUGCUCUAAAGCACACACAACACAACACGCACAAGCACGUGGAUGCUCAGACACACGGACACGGAAAGGAGUGGACCCAACGCGACAGGACCACGCGCAGGGUUCUCUGGAGGAGGCCCCCUCCCCUCCCGCCAACUUGAAGCAGGUGCUGGCGAGGGAAGGGUUAACAGGUUAGCGACCUGCCCGCCCUGACCCAUCUCUAAUCUGCCGCCGCUAAUCCCCAGCUCCAGCCCUCAGUCCCUCCCCCGCCACGGGAAUUAGGUACCUGGAGGAGGGGACGGGAGAGGAGGGAUGGUUUGGCGGUGGCCAGGUGGGAAUUGGGGUCCACAGGACAGUCUCGGAGCCCGGGGCCCAGGGCUCAGUUUACUGUUCCCCACCCGUGGUUUCCCCCAAGAAGCCAUCCCUGGACCUGCCUGGCAUGGGACCCCUGGCAUGGGACCCCUCCUCUGUGGUGGCACUACUGUCUUCAUACCCAUUUCCUCCAUGGGCAAACUAAGUCUCAGAGAGGUUCAGGCACUUGCCCCAAGGCCACCUAGCUGGUAAGCGGUGAUGGUCGCAAGCACCCAGUUUUAGCAUCUUCUGUGAUCUGAAUAGGCGUAGAAUUUCCCACAGCAUCAAAACCUGGUUCCUUUUCGCUUAACAUUUCUUCCCCUCAAUCUGUCUGUUUCCUCUCACAUUUUAUUAUAAGCAGUGUGAAGAAGACCAGGCUGCACUUUCAACACUUUGCUGGAAAUUCCUCUCGGCUAACUAUCCAAGUUCAACGCUUCCCCAACCCUGCUUUGCACCUAACGACAGGACACAACUUGGCUAAGUUUCUGCCCCUACCUAACAAGGCUCCUCUUUCCUCCAUAUGUGUUGGCUUGCCAUGCUCCUGCUCUAGGACAUUCCCAAGAGACAGACUGAUGAGCACACAUAUUUCAAAAGGUGUAGCCUUCCUGAGACCAAAGAAAGGUGAACAAUAAGAACAUACCAUGUUUUGACACUCAUCAAAAGACAGUAAAGAUUUUUUAAAUUGAUAAAACCCGGUGCUGGUGAGGAUGUGGUGAAACAAGCAUUUUCAUAAUUGCUUAAAGGUGAAGGUGUGCAUGACUUGGGAAAGCAGUUUGGCACAGAUGACGCAGGCCUAAGACAAGUUUAGACCUAUGGUCUAACUUCUGGGAGUCCAUCCAACACUUGAGGAAAAGCAUAUAUGUCCCUGAAAAUGUUCAUUGCCACAUGCUCAUGAAAAUGACCAUAAAAGGCCUUUUUUUUUCAUUAUUACCCGUAAGAGCUGUUUUAGACAUUUUUUUCCCAACCACCUGCAUGAAAAUGUAAUACCACAGAUACACUGUAUGUUUGUUUACAUACUAUAUAUACAUUGGUGUUUUCUACAUUAAAAGUAAGGUUUCUUUUACCCCCAUAAGGACCACUUUUUGUCCCUGUUGAGAAUGCACUCUAGAAGUAAUGAUAUAGCCGUCUGAUGGGAUGUGAUACGGCCUUAAAAAGAAUGAGGUUCCGACAAGAAGAAGACAACCAUUCAAAAGUCCAAUAUGCCAAAGGCAUGAGAGGUCACGUCACCACUAAAGAGGAAACAUGGGUGGCUGACAAGUACAUGAAGAGAUGUCCAACUUCACUAAGGACCAAGGAAAUGCGUGGCAAAGCCACAGCGAGACCUCAUUUUACCCCACAUUUCAUGGCCCCCGAAUAAAAAUUGUCCACCAAUACCAAAUGCCAGGAGCUGUGGCUACACAAGGUUCUCCUACACUGUACAUCCUCUUUGGAAGAAGGACUGACAUGAACUACAACACAACACAACAUUCAUGUGCCACAUCACAUAGCCUUUGCUCUCCCAGAUAUUUAAAAAAAAAACAAAAAAAA